UGGACCUGUCAUAAGACAAAGGAGGACAGCUGGGGUUGGGGGUAGUUGCUGCGGCGCUGGGACUGUGCCCGGACCACACCUCCCAGGGUCACACCAGGAUGUCGGACACCGAAGAGCAGGAAUAUGAAGAAGAGCAGCAGGAAGAAGAGGCUGUGGAGGAGGAGGAGGAAGAAGAGGAACGCCCCAAGCCCAGUCGUCCUGUGGUGCCUCCCUUGAUCCCCCCAAAGAUCCCAGAAGGGGAACGCGUCGACUUCGAUGACAUCCACCGGAAGCGCAUGGAGAAAGAUCUGCUCGAGCUGCAGACGCUCAUCGAUGUGCAUUUUGAGCAGCGGAAGAAGGAGGAAGAGGAGCUCGUUGCGCUGAAGGAACGCAUUGAGCGGCGCCGGGCUGAGAGAGCUGAGCAACAGCGCUUCAGAACAGAGAAGGAGCGGGAGCGUCAGGCCAAGCUGGCGGAGGAGAAGAUGCGGAAGGAAGAGGAAGAAGCCAAGAAGCGGGCUGAGGACGAUGCUAAAAAGAAGAAGGUUCUGUCCAACAUGGGGGCCCAUUUUGGGGGUUACCUGGUCAAGGCUGAACAAAAGCGAGGUAAGCGCCAGACGGGGCGGGAGAUGAAACAGCGGAUCCUGUCUGAGCGUAAAAAGCCUCUGAACGUCGACCACAUGGGCGAAGACCAGCUACGGGAAAAGGCCCAGGAGCUGUCAGACUGGAUCCACCAGCUGGAGUCCGAGAAGUUUGACCUGAUGGAGAAGCUGAAGCAGCAGAAAUACGAGAUCAACGUGCUCUACAACCGCAUCAGCCACGCCCAGAAGUUCCGGAAGGGGGCAGGGAAGGGCCGCCUGGGAGGCCGCUGGAAGUGAGGACGGCAGGACGGUGGCCCACCUUGGCAUACCUGGGAGCCAUCAGAGUGGUUGUCCCAUCUGCAGCUCAAAAUAAAUGCUCCCC